AGGAAAACGGCGAGUAUAGAUUACAAGAAAACAACUCACUAUGCUCUAGAGCCUUUCCGAACCCAGAAAUAAUAAAGCACAGCUUCAGAGCUUGAUUGUGAACACAGAGUUGUAUUUGGAGAGAGAGAGAGAGAGAGAGAAUGGGGGACUAUCACUAUAUCUACAAGGACUUGGACGGAGCCUCCACCCAGUGGGACGAUAUUCAGGCAAAGCUCGGCAAUCUUCCGCCGAAGAAGCCGGCGUUUAAGCCUCCGCCCUUCACUCCGGCCGACGACGAAGCCUCUCUUCCCAAAGACAAGUCUUGGAUCGAUGACAAGACCGAGCAGGACCUCGAAGAUCUCGAAGACGAUCCCGAUCUCGACGACGAUCGCUUCCUCGAGGAAUACAGGAGGAAGAGGCUGUCUGAAUUGAGAGAAGCAGCGAAGGUUGCAAGGUUUGGGUCAGUGGUUCCGAUUUCGGGAUCAGAUUUUGUGCGCGAGGUUUCGCAAGCUCCACCUGACGUUUGGGUGGUGGUGAUUCUCUACAAAGAAGGAAUUGCAGAGUGUGGAUUGUUGAUGCAGUGUCUGGAAGAUUUGGCAACCAAGUACCCAGCAACCAAAUUUGUGAAAAUAAUAUCCACAGACUGCAUUCCUAACUACCCGGAUCGUAAUCUUCCCACUCUUUUAGUGUACAACAGUGGCGCUGUCAAGGCCAAUCACGUUGGGUUGCGCAGCUUUGGUCGGAGGUGCACACCUGAAGGUGUGGCAUUAGUUCUCUGUCAAUCAGAUCCUGUACUUAAUGAUGGGCAGAGUGUUAAUGGUCGAUCAAGGGAAGCUGUGAUUGAGGGAGUUCGCAAGAGGUUCAUAGAGAAAGUUGUGACACAACAUGAAGAUAAGGACGAUGGAUAUUCAAGUGACUAGAACAUUAGUAACUGUAUGUCGUUUUCUUGAAGAAUUAUGUUGUUUUCUUAUCAGGGCUUUUGGAAGAGUUUGAGUUUAUAUGAAUACUCCUGUUUUGUGAAUCAUCUUGCUGCUUGCAAAACUUUUUUCAUCA